AUGGGAAACAGUGAGGAUGGAAAAUCCAUUAAGACUGAAAGGCCUUCUUCACCAGUAACAACUGAUGAGACCAAUCAAAGCAACCAGUCAAACGUUCAUGUCUAUCCUGAUUGGGCUGCCAUGCAGGCAUAUUAUGGGCAAAGAGUCAACAUUCCACCAUACUUCAACUCAGCUGUUGCUUCUGGUCAUCCUCCUCACCCAUACAUGUGGGGACCACCACAGCCUAUGAUGCAUCCAUAUGGGCCACCGUAUGCACCAUUUUAUUCACAUGGAGGAGUUUAUAGUCACCCUGCAGUUGCCAUAGGGACAAAUUCACAUGGUCAAGGAAAUCCAUCUUCACCCGUUGCUGGGACUCCUGCAAGCAUAGAGACACCAACCAAAUCACCUGGAAACAGUGAUCGGGGUUUAAUUAAAAAAUUGAAAGGAUUUGACGGGCUUGCGAUGUCAAUAGGCAAUGGCAAUGUUGCUGAGCAUGGAGCGGAAAAUCGGCUAUCUCGAAGUGUGGAUACCGAGGGUUCCAGUGAUGGAAGUGAUGGCAACACUACAAGGACCAAUGGAACAAGGAAAAGAAGCCGGGAUGAAACACCAACAACCACUGAUGGAGAAGGGAAAACUGUGAUGCAAAAUAGUCCAGUUUAUAAAGAGAUUGCAGCUUCCAAAAUGAUGGUGCCAGUUACCCCAACCAGUGUUGCAGAAAAAUUUGUUGGACCUGUACUUUCUUCAUGUAUGACCACAGCACUGGAGCUGAGGAACCCUUCAAAUGUUCCUACCGGUGCUCCACAACCUUGUGGAGUUUUGCCUCCUGAACCUUGGAUGCAGAAUGAGCGUGAGCUGAAACGAGAGAGGAGGAAACAAUCGAAUCGUGAAUCUGCUAGAAGGUCCAGGCUGAGGAAGCAGGCUGAGGCUGAAGAAUUGGCACGAAGAGUUGAUGCAUUGACUGCUGAGAAUUUGGCGCUGAAAUCGGAAAUAAAUGAAUUUGCUGAAAACUCUGAGAAGCUGAAGAUAGAAAAUGCUAUAUUAAAGGAAAAGCUGAAAAACACUCAACUGGAACAGACAGAAGAGAUAAUUUUGAACAGCAUUGACAAGAGAGCUACACCUGUAAGUACAGAAAACUUACUAUCAAGAGUUAAUAAUUCAAACUCUGGUGAUAGAACUGCAGAGGAAGAGAAUGGUUUCUGUGAGAACAAACCUAAUUCUGGUGCAAAACUGCAUCAACUACUUGAUGCAAACCCUAGAGCUAAUGCUGUGGCAGCCAGUUGA